AUGAAACUUUCGUUAAUUGUGGCUGCUGCGCUCGCCGCAAACGCCAACGCCUCCCUCUUGGACCCGCUCAAGGGCCUCUUUAAUUGGGACCAAGAUGUGAUUGACAUUUCUAAGGAGGAAACUUUCAAGUUCGACUUUUCUGAGGAAAUCAGCCAAUUGGGUGCCGAAAAGGACCAGGUCUUGAAAGCCUGGAAGCAAUUGACCGCUGAUUUUGGUGCAGAUGUGUUGAACAGAGCCACCGAGGCCUACAAUGCCGCCAAAAAGGUGAAGGAGAACCACAUGAACAACAAGGUGAACCGUUUGAGCAGCAACUUUGAGGUCCAGACCAACGGCAAGUUCCCCGGCUACGCCUUGAGAGCCAAGAAGACCAACCCUGAGAUUUUGGGCUUGGACACUGUCAAGCAGUACACUGGUUACUUGGAUGUGGAGGAGCUCAAGAAGCACUUCUUCUACUGGUUCUUUGAGUCCAGAAACGACCCAGAGAAUGACCCAGUGAUCUUGUGGUUGAACGGCGGUCCAGGCUGCUCUUCCGCCACCGGCUUGUUUUUCGAAUUGGGUCCUUCUUCCAUCAAUGCCACUUUGCAGCCUUCUUUCAACCCAUACUCCUGGAACAACAACGCUUCUGUGAUUUUCUUGGACCAGCCAGUCGGCGUCGGCUACUCCUACACUGAGGGUGACGAGAUCAACUCCACCGCUGCUGCCGCCAAGGAUGUGUUCAUCUUCUUGGAGCUCUUCUUCCAGAAGUUCCCUCAGUUCAUCAAGAACAAGUUCCACAUUGCUGGUGAAUCGUACGCUGGCCACUACAUCCCCGCAUUCGCUUCUGAGAUUAUCAACAACGCCGACCGUUCGUUCGAAUUGGCCUCGGUUUUGAUUGGUAACGGUAUCACCGAUCCCUUGGUCCAGUUUAAGUACUACAGACCCAUGAUGUGCGGUGAGGGUGGCUACAAGCCAGUUUUGACCACCGAACAGUGUGAGCAGAUGGACAGGGACUACCCACUUUGCGCUGUUUUGACCAAGGCAUGCUACGCCGCUCAAAACGCCUUGACUUGUGUUCCAGCCAACUUGUACUGUGAACAGAGACUUUUUGGCCCUUACAGCGAGACCGGCUUGAACCCAUACGACAUCCGCAAGGACUGCUCUGACGGCGGCAAUUGUUAUGUCGAGCAGGACUACAUUGACGAGUACUUGAACCUCGAGUUUGUCAAGGAGGCCGUUGGAGCCGAGACUGAUAUUUUCACCGGCUGUGACGACACUGUCUUCAGAAACUUCAUUCUCAACGGUGACGAAAUGAGACCAUUCCAGCAGUACGUGGCCGAGUUGUUGGACAAGGACAUUCCUGUCUUGUUGUACGAGGGUGACAAGGACGUUAUUUGCAACUGGUUGGGUAACCACGCCUGGUCUGAUGCCUUGGACUACUCCAAGCACGACUUGUUCGAGGCCCAGCCUUUGCGUCCAUGGUACACCAAGAACGGUGUGUUGGCUGGUGAGGUUAAGAACUACGACAAGUUCACCUUUGUGCGUGUGUACGACGCCGGCCACAUGGUGCCAUACGACCAGCCAGAGAACUCCUUGGACUUAAUCAACAGGUGGAUCCUGGGCGACUACACCUUCCGCAAGUAG